UCUUAUUAUCGCAUAAAUUAUGAUUUCAAAUAUGGUCGCGCCCUUGGUUACACGUUACACCACGAGAAGCAUGAUCGACGUAUAGCUCCGUUGAAUUCACUUUGAUUUUCUCUCGUAAUACACGAUGGUGCAGAGUAGAAUAUUCGCGCGGAAUCGAGCACUCGGCUACGUCAGCAAUCAUGUACCUCUCGUUACGAGGUACAUCCUCAGAAGAAAGGAACAUCUCGUCGUCACAUGCGUAGGCAAGGCGUUUCACACUUACGGAUGUAAACACUUCACUCUCCUGAGCGUCUCGGGUACGCACGCCGACGAUAUCACCUGCCUGGCGACGGACACGUUUCACGUGUACACGGCUAGUGCGAACAACAUUUACGCGUGGCGUAGGGGAACCGAGUUAAAGCAUACCUACAAGGGUCACGAUUGUGCGGUCCACAUUCUGUUGCCGUUCGGCGCGCACUUGCUCUCCGUCGACGAGAACAGCACCCUCAGGGUUUGGAACAUCAAAGAUGAAAAUUUACUGCUAGAAUUAAAUUUUAGCAAUAACGUCUUCAGGAUAACUACGCUGUUGCAUCCGAACACCUAUAUGAACAAGAUUCUACUGGGCAGCGAACAGGGUCAGCUACAACUGUGGAACAUCAAACUGACGAAGAUGGUCUAUACGUUCAAGGGGUGGCAGAGUAGCGUGACAGCAUUGGAGCAAGCGCCCGCGAUAGACGUGGCUGCUAUAGGCUUGAACAACGGCCACAUUAUUCUGCAUAAUCUUAAGUACGACGAGACCCUCUUCGAGCUUGUGCAAGACUGGGGUCCAGUGAUAUCCAUCAGCUUUCGUACGGACGGUCACCCUGUCAUGGCGACGGGCAGUCAAGGCGGUCAGAUAGUAUUCUGGAAUUUAGAGCAGCGGAUGGUGGAGAGCCAGCUAUGUAGUGCGCACGACGCCGCUGUCACAGGUCUGAGAUACAUACCAAACGAACCGUUAUUAGUUUCGUCCUCGCCUGACAAUUCUCUAAAGCUAUGGAUAUUUGAUAUGGCCGACGGAGCGGGUAGACUCUUGAGGAUCAGAGAAGGUCACGCCGAGUCUCCGACGAUUGUUCGAUUUUACGGAAACGACGGUAAUUAUCUGUUGACCGCAGGCGGCGAUUCUUCCCUCCGGUUGUUUUCCACCGUCACGGAGAUACUGAAUAAAAGCCUAGGUAGAGCCUCGUUCAACAGGAAAGCCUCUAGAAAAAAGGGUCAUUCGGUUGACGAUCCGCUGUUAAUGCCGCCAAUAAUUGAACUUGCGUCCGAGGUAACGCGGGAGAAGGAAUGGUGUAACAUAGCAGCCGCUCACUCCGGUUUGGGCGUGGUGACUACGUGGUCGUCUCACCUUCAGAAGAUGGGCGACCUUAAGUUACUCCCUGAGAGAUUUAAAAACAAUUAUAAUGCUACCGUAACCAGCUUAUGUUUAACAAGAUGUGGAAACUUUGUCGUGAUCGGUUACAACACGGGUCACGUUGAUAGAUUUAACAUUCAAUCGGGAAUCCACAGAGCAUCUUAUGGAAACGAGAAUGGCGCUCACGAGGGUCCUGUUAAGGGCGUCAUGGUUGACGACUUAAAUCAAACUCUUAUUACAGCUGGGAAGGAUGCAAAAAUUAAGUUUUGGGAUUUUAAACCUAGAAAAGGUAUACUUACAGCAAGAACGAUAUUAACAUUGGAAGAAUCAAUCGAAUGGAUACGUUGUCACAAUGAGAGUUCGCUUGUGGCUAUAGCCUUAGAAAAUUUCGAUAUUAUGUUAAUGGAUUUGGAUACCAGAAAAAUAGUUCGACAUUUUCAAGGACACGAGGGACGUAUAACUGAUGCAUGUUUUAAUCCUGACUCUAGGUGGUUAAUCACAGCAUCUAUGGACUGUACUAUUCGGACUUGGGACAUACCUUCGUCACAUUUAAUAGAUAUCUUUCAGGUUCCUGAAGCUUGUAUAUCUUUAAAUUUCUCGCCGACGGCAGAAUUUCUUGCAACCGCGCAUGUACGUAACGUAGGAAUCUUCUUAUGGUCAAAUCGUAUGCUCUAUUCGCAUGUGUCGCUGAAGGCCAUUAAUAAAGACGAUAUGAUACCCGAAGUGGAACUUCCUGGAUCUUCCGUAGAAGCCGAGAAAGUAGAUGAAGACGAUGUCGUCGUCGCAGAGCCGGAUUACGUAUCUCCCGAUCAGCUGGACAGUGAUCUUAUAACUAUGUCCGCUGUGGCUCAAUCUAGAUGGCAGAAUUUACUCGAUAUCGAUAUCAUUAAAAGGAGAAACAAGCCGAAACAGGCGCCUAAAAUUCCAGAGACUGCGCCAUUUUUCUUGCCUACGAUUCCGUCGUUGCAACUGCGUUUCGAUUUUUCAGACGUUAAAACUGACGAAAACACCGAAACUGCCCGUGUUCAUCCGACCUUACAAAAUCUCACUUCGUUCAACAAGAGUCUGCAAUCAGUUACCAACAAUUUUUCGGACGUAAUAGAGAAAUUAAAGGCAAUGGGUCCUAGCAAUAUCGAUUUCGAAAUUCAAUCACUGUCUUUGGACGAGAGUUCCGCCGAAUUGUCAUUGCUGCAGUUUAUGAAGAUGCUUCAUUGUAUGAUGGACCAACAGACGGAUUUCGAAUUGUCGCAAGCGUAUUUGGCGGUGUUCUUAAAGUGGCACGGUACAGCAAUCUCGGAGAACGAUACGUUACGAAAUUAUCUACGGAAAGUCCAAAAGGCGCAAACGAGAAAUUGGCUUACACUUCGAGAGAAAUUAUUUUAUAAUUUAAGUGUUGUACAAAGUUUUAAGAAAACUGUAAUGUAAAAUAGACAAAUUAUUUU